AAUGGGUUUUUUUUUUUACAUUGCACUUGCUGGAAUUUGCACACCUACUUUUCCUGCACUGACCACAGCAGAGGCCAUCGCGUUAUUAAGUGGAAUUGAUGGUGAAGUAGUCAGCCCUCAACCCUGUGCAGGUAGAUUAUCUGCUUUACGAACAUCACCAGCAAAUUGCUAAUUACAGACCAGGGAUGAGAACACAGUUCAGGUCUCUUCUAAGCAGAAACAGUAUUACAAAGGUAAAUCUGUUGAUGAGGAAAGUAAAGAAAACUCAAAGUAAAAAACUCAAAACUAAAAACACUUAAAAAGUAAAAACUCAAAAGUAAAAAGAAAGUAAAAAAAAAAACUCGCAUGCAGUCAAGUCUACUGGAAAUUAUUUAGAUUAAUUUACUUCCUUUAGUUUGGGUAAUUUGGAGUUUAAGUCAACUUAAGAAAAAUUUAUUGAGCAUGUAUCAUGCACAAAACAUUGUGUUAUUUGCUGCAAUACAAAAUGCUGAAGGUUCCCACCCUUAUUAUCUGAAGUGAAUGAGAGAUGGAGGGAAUAGCAAUAUGAUUUUCUUAGAAAUAUUGAAAAGACAGUUAGGCUGGGCUCAUUCAUCCUUUACUUGUCAAAAGAACCCCUUCAACUUCAUCCAGCAAAAUGAAUCUGUCAAUUUGCUAACGGACACACGGCCAUCUUUAUGCAAAGUGUGACUCUCCACGGUGAGCCAGAGCCAGCCUCUGCCUCCUCCACCUGGGGUCCUCGCCCUGGCCGGCAGGUGGGGAAGUCAGUAAGACUGGACCUCCCAAAUGCCCAUCCAUCCCUCUAGUCAAUAGUGGUCCUUCCUCCCUCACGUACGUUUUCCUUGAAGUACCCAUGAAUUUGAGGACAUUAUAUCCCCACGAAAUACGCAUGGUGGGAUUUAAGUAUAAAUACUUGAGAGUUUUAACUGGAGCUUGGCAAGCCUGGCAUUUGCAGAGAUGACUGUUGGCAUAUGUAAAGUUUCUACAAAUGACCGAAAAAUCGGCAGAAGCAGCAUGAAGCAGAAGGACACACAGGGUGGUCUGUGUGACUCCCCAUUCUCAGCCUCUGCUGACGUCUGCAAGGCAGGAAUCCCAGUCUCCUCCGCAUCCUAAAACCCCAGCAAGAAGCAAAGGGACAUUUGGGGAGAGGAGAAGCUGUUUGUGACGCCAAAAAGGGCAUCCAAAUGGAGCCCAGUUCCUGGGUCCCCCUGGCCGGAGCUGUAAGGAUCUUGGGGGGAGGGGGGUUGUUACGCGUGACUUGACUCAGGGACCUAGGAGCUUCCUGGGUUAGACUCACUGCCCUGUGUCUAUCUGGCUCUUACUCCGACCCAGUCAUCCAUCACGGAAAGUCAGUGUGAAGGCAUGGGGCAGAAAAAUCAGGAAAGAGACAAGCUUGAUCUUUGGCACAGCCACCGUGCCUUCUCCCCGCCCCUCGUGCCCUCCCACCCCAAACUCCCAGAGUCUCCAUGCUCUCUGCUCUGGCCCUUUUCUCACGAAAGGAUCGGAUUAAACGUUUACAUUACUGUGCACAUAUUUCUCUUAGAAUCUCCAGCCCUCGACUUAGUUGAUAGAUCCCCGGGGAUCUAUGAGGGCGGUUAACCGCACUAGGAGUCGGCGCUACUGUCCCUGUACAGCCGGCCCAGGGGACAGGGGCUCACGGAGUCUUGCCAAGCGCCGGACUUCUGCCCCCACCCCCAUAAACACUGUGUGGGGCCCUGAGGGCUCCUAGGAAGCAUCAAAUUCAAUUCCCCGACCCAGACCCCGAGUCGGGAGGGAGCUAGGGUCUCAGCCCGCGUCUCUCCCGCUACCUCCUACUUCCCACCAUCAGGAGGAGGCCAAGAAUCCAGGGGACAGGUCCGUCUGACUCCAGCAGAUCUGUGUGUCCAGGAGACAAAUGGACUAAGGGGAUCACACCCACCACAAGCCAACAGACGCCUCGGCGCCUCCGGACCCAGGUUCGCCCCUCCUGCUGCGCGUCCGGGUCUGUGUUCUCCCCGCGCUCCUUGCCCGCCUCCUGCACGGGAACCUGUGCUCUCCGCGGGGCACCUGUCAGCCGUGCGGGGUCCCCGCAGAGCUAACGCCCGGCAGGCGGCCAGCCCUGAAGACAGGGCACUGACCCCGGAGCGGAGACGUGCAUUCGGAGCAGGAGCCCGCGCCCCGGCCCUCGGUCGUCCGGCUGAGACACGGGGCGUGAGGACAUGCCAUCUCCCGUGCCCCCACCCCUGGCGAGAUCGGCUGGGAGUGGUUUCGGCGGCUAAGGCGCGACAGAAGGCUCAAAGAGCAGCAAGCAGUUCAGCAGCUGCCCCGCUCCGGCCCCGCCCUCCCAGGGCUGACCCUGCGCCCCGGUCCCCGCGUGUCCCCGGAGCUCCGCGUCGCAAGUCCGUCCCGGAGGUGGUCCCCAGCUCGCGGGCGGCGCUGGCGGGGGCGGCAGCUUUUGAAGAGGUCACCGGUGCAGCAUGGGAAACCACGCUGGAAAGCGAGAGUUAAGCGCUGAGAAGGGCAAUAAGGAUGGUGAAACCAACAAGGGAGAGUCGGAGAAAAAGAGAAACCUUCACCACCUUUCCCAGGAGACCUCAGAGGACAAUGACGUGUUUGGAGAGGCAGAUGUGGACCAGAACAAUGGGACCCCCUCUCAGGACACAGCGGUGACAGACUCCAAGCGCACAGCGGACCCAAAGAAUGCCUGGCAGGAUGCCAACCCAGCUGACCCAGGGGGCCGCCCCCACUUGAUCCGCCUCUUUUCCCGAGAUGCCCCGGGGAGGGAGGACAACACCUUCAAAGACAGGUCCUCGGAGUCAGACGAGCUUCAGACCAUCCAAGAGGACAGUGCAGCUGCUCCCGAGGGCCUAGAUGUGAUGGCGUCACAGAAGAGACCCUCCCAGAGGCACGGAUCAAAGUACCUGGCCUCAGCAAGCACCAUGGAUCACGCCAGGCAUGGCUUCCUCCCGAGGCACAGAGACACGGGCAUCCUCGACUCCUUGGGGCGCUUCUUUGGCGGUGACAGGGGUGUGCCCAAGCGGGGCUCAGGCAAGGUACCCUGGCUCAAGCAGAGCAGGAGCCCUCUGCCCUCUCAUGCCCACAGCCGGCCUGGGCUGUGCAACAUGUACAAGGACGGACAUCACGCGGCGAGAACCACCCACUAUGGCUCCCUGCCCCAGAAGUCGCGAGAUGGCCGGCCCCAAGACGAAAACCCUGUAGUGCACUUCUUCAAGAACAUUGUGACGCCUCGCACACCUCCUCCAUCGCAAGGAAAGGGGCGAGGACUGUCUCUCAGCAGAUUUAGCUGGGGAGCCGAGGGGCAGAAGCCGGGAUUUGGCUACGGAGCUAGAGCUUCCGACUACAAAUCGACUCACAAGGGACUCAAGGGGGUCCACGACGCCCAGGGCACGCUUUCCAGAAUCUUCAAACUGGGAGGAAGAGAUAGUCGUUCUGGAUCGCCCAUGGCUAGACGCUGAAGCCCUACAGCCUGUUACAGAACCCCGUCCUCAGCUUCUUAAUAUAACCCUUACGAUUUUAAUACCGUUCGCAUAAAUUACCUAGUUGUAGCAAAUGACCUCUUGCUAAUGCCUGUUGAGUUGUGCACACAGUAGGGUCAGGCACACUGCAUCCUACUGGCAAUUUCUGGCCAACAGCUAAACGGAGAAAACGCAGAUAGAAAAUGGUUAAACUCUUCCUUUACGUUUGAAGAGACAGUGUUCUCGGAGUUUCAUUCCACUGCCUCGUGCCCGGCCGCCCCGCGGAGUUGGUGCGGCCCGGCGCACGGCCGUCCCUCCAAGUUCGUUCGCCCCUCCAUCCUUGGACUUGCUUUGCGCCACUGACCUGGCAUCCCCCGCUUCUCGGGCACUGCCGUGGAGACACACUGCCGUGGAGAUGGGACAUGAGCAGGGUGGUGAGGACUGUGUUGAUCCGCGCUUCCUUUGGUUUCUUUGCUGCCCUUCUCUCACCUCCUAAAGUUCACUUUAUUUUCCUAACAGGAUUGGGCAGUCAGGAGUGGCUUCACACCCGUGGGGAGCUUUUGGUACGUGAAAGGCGGGCGGGCAGCUGUGAGGAGUCCAAUGUGGUGGGCGCGAGAGGGGGCGCCUCCAGGCGGGCGCUCACCACACCCCAGUGAGCUGAAUUCGUGCGUGGCAGAGAGGGGACAAGGGGCACACGUGGGCUGGGCAACGGCCUCAAACAGGAAACAGGGUCUUCUUGGAAAUUAGGUGACGGCGCAGCAGGAACCAGAGCAGCCUCUACAGACGACCUGUUUCCUAACCGGAGCCCCGGAGGAGAGUUCAGAGCGACUCGCGCAUCUCAGAGCGGGACUGUGGGAGUUUUCUGGGCAGCCCGGCAUGUCCCACUGGUCACUGUGGAGAGGGGAGGCGACCAGUGGUACGCUCAUCACGGCAGUGCACAUCAGCAAAUACUAACCCCAGUGGAAAGAUAACCAUCCCUCUGCUUGCUCCUAGAGACGCCGUGCUUAGUGACUAGGCUUAGGAACAUACCCGUCCCUGGUCCCCCGCCCAGGGCAUGGCAGGGCCUGGACGCCCACACGAGGAGGGCAGAGAGCUCCUCCCAGUCGCAGUCUCUUCUAACGCCAGCUGACAUUCCCCUGCUCCCCCUCUAACGUACUGAGUCCUGCCUUUUGAUUUCAGCCUGUCUGUCACAGGCGUCCCAAAGAGCCCCACGCUGGCAUCAUUCUCCCUUAGGACGAAGACCAGGAAUAGUAGGCAUAGGCCCAAAGCAUCUCUUUAAUCCCGUUCUAAUUCUGAAUGUUUAGUGUGGGUUUCCUAUAAUGUCUAUUAAUAUCUAGCCUCAAUGAUGAGAGGGUAAAAAAACAAAAAGGCACACAAUUUCGGAAACGAAACCUCCACCUUGCUCCACACACGCACUCUGCAUCUUCGAGCUGGUUGUUGACUGAGUGCCCUCUGUUCGUGGCUACACCCAACAGCAAGUGCUGUAUGCUGGGUCUCAUGGGAAGUAUACACUGUUCUCAAAUAUUGAAAUAAAACAAUAAACUUUUAAUGGUA